AUGACUGAGAUAGCACGCGAAGAGAUGGAUCUGCCAUCCAAGAUUCGUUCAUUAUUCGACAAUCCGAAAUUGUCGGAUGUUGUGCUGCACGUAGAUGGCAGGGCCUACCAUGGACACACCUGUAUUCUAAUCGCCACCUCCGGUUUCUUUAAAUCUUUUUUCCUUUCUCAUUACAAACACUAUCGCCACACAUCCCCUUCUUCAAACCAUACCGACCUUGUCAUAGAUGCAUCAUCUUCGUUACUUUCACACAAUGCCACAAACACGGGUUCUGAUGAACCUUCGUUAUCCACUCAUCACAACAAAUUCUCUAGAGCAAAAGAUGAAUAUCAUUUUCAUGAUUUUUCAUGUUCCAUGACGAACACAAUUAAUAAUUGGUAUGAUUUGAAGAAAAAAAAAUAUCAAGGAAACGAAUUGAAACUAGAACUUUACUAUUCCUCCCAACAAUUUGGAAAUUUCCUCGCAUACUUGUAUGGACAUCCUCUGCCAUAUAAGAAGAUGGAUAAUUUGUUUGUGUUCGCGUACUUGGCUCAUAAGUUUUGUGUGCCGGAAUUAACUGAGCAUUGCGAGAAUUUGUUAGUUCAAGUGUGGGAUAGGAGGAUGUGGAGGAUCACCCUGAAGGCUAGUAAGUGGUUAGAACUCCAUAAAUUACGAACAGAUAUUUUAAAGUUUUUGUGGGAAAAGGGAGUAGAAAAACUGUUCAAUUCCCGUAUUGCAAAGUUCCUCAAGGAAGAUGACGUCAAAGAUAUUAUUAAAUUGGCGGAGGGUGAAAAGAAAAUUCAGGCUAUGAUGCACAAGGAGGAUGAGGGAAAUAACCGUGAAUGUGUACAACAUUAUCAAAAAGAUGGGCAAAUGAGAUUGUUGAAUGGUCGAAUUUCUCGCGACAGUGAAAGAGUCGGAGGCAAUGACAAAAAAGUACAAAGUUCAAUACACAUUACACCUGGGGGAAAUUGCAAUGGAAAUGCGUCAAGAAAAUCAAAAUAUCAAAGUCAUCCUGUAACGAUAUAUGAUGAAUAUCCAACAAAGCUUGAUAGAGAAAGAAAUAAGAAAAAUUUAGGGAUCCCUUUAUCUAAUCCCAAACUUUAUCAUGGCGACGUGCAAAAUGAAUCAUUAGAGAACAAAGCCGCUGUGUCACCUGCUGAGGAUCCAUACAAAAGACUGAAUCGCAUAAAGAGAAAUAACAAUGAAAUUUCAUACAAAAGAUUAAAGGUGAAGUAUGAUACACCAUCUGAAGACGAAGGUGAUGACAUUGAAGUAGACCGUGAUGUUCCACGAGAGAACACUAUUUGUAAGGGAAGGAAGCAAAGUGGAAAGGUACUCGCCACUACUAAGGGGUCGAAAUAUGAUCUUAACGAGGAUGGAUAUGCUAUAUCUACCGUUCCUUCCGGUUAUCGUAUCCUACAGAAACCCCCAAGCCGCGGGCGAGGAGGAAAAGGUGAUGAAACCCAUAUCACUUAUGGACAAUUGGGUUUCGAUAGUAACGGCGUGGCGUAUAAAAAGCAAAAGUGUAAAUAUGUCGAGGAUAUCAAGACAUCAGAAGACGAUAGCGAAGAUUACUAUUACGAUGACAACAUUCUAUCAUCACUUUCCAAGAAACAAAUAUUCACAAGCAGAGAUGGCGUUGGGGAUUAUCAGACCAACGAGUUAAAUCAGAAUAAUCAUGACAUGAUAUACAUAAAAUCGAGAAGAAGUUUCAUUGCGACAUCGGAUUGUGAUUCGGAUCACGAUCUUGCGUCCCGAAAACCAAUCCAUUUGAAGGGUAAAAAAAAGGAAAAGUUUUUCAUCAAUCCAGAAUCAACUAGUCAGAAGUGCGGAAAGAAUUCCAAUGACAAUCCGUCAUCUAAAGCAUGUAGAAAAAUCAUUGGCGUUCCAGUAUCGGCUAAAAAGAUACAAAGUAAAAAAAAACGUGAUCCGGUUCUCGUAAAUGGUAUAACGUCAGCGAAACCAAAGUCGGUAAAGCUUAUAAGCCAAGGAAAGUCAAUUGACAAUCAAAUGUUCAAUGUUUCCGAAGAAAUGAAAGAUAGGAACGAGCAAAUUAGAAAGAAUACUAUGACUCCCAAAUUGAAAUCAUCCGUCACAACGUUCCAUAAACCUGUUAGGUUUAAAAGAAAAUCUUUAGACGAGUGCAAUGAUCUACAAUCCAAGAAACGAGUACAAUGGACCAAGUAA